AUGUGUUGUAAACAUGAUGCAACGUCUUCUGCCUUGGAGCAGCGACUCGGUCUUGAAUCGCUUCAGAGGUCUCAUCUUAACCAAUAUGUUUGUACAGCUUGGAGAGUGCAUUUGAAAGUUGAUUUAUGUCAGUUAUGGCUUACAACGAGGCACUCAGAAAAAGUUAAUAUGUUGCACUUACCCCAAGUGCCAAUCGCGGACGGAAUUUCCCUCGCCGCCUCUUCGAGCUGA